AAAGCAAAGCAUUUAUAAAAGCGUGGUAGUUUUGGAACAUAAAAGCCCAAAGGAAGCAAACCGUUCAUAUUAUUCAAGAAUUAUCUUUUACACAAAAAUCCAUUAAAAGAUACUAUGCAAAUGCAAACUCUUCACUUAGUAUCCACUCACUGGUCAAAUAUUGUUUCUCUUAAUUGUUGCUGUUGUCAAGCUUCAAAUCAGUUGCCAUUUCCCAAGACUAAGUUGGGUUUUGUUAAAGUUAAGAGACAACCACAGGCUUCUAAUUUGAAGGCUGGCUUCUGGGAAUCCAUCAGAUCCGGGUUUGUCAAGAAUAACACAACACAGGUUAUAGAAACACCAUCCAGUGAAGAAGAAAAAGAAGAAGAGCCUUUGCCUGAGGAAUUUGUUCUUGUUGAAAAGACUCAACCUGAUGGAACAGUUGAACAGAUUAUAUUCUCUUCUGGCGGAGAUGUUGAUGUGUAUGAUCUCCAAGCUUUAUGCGAUAAGGUUGGUUGGCCUCGAAGGCCACUGUCUAAGCUAGCUGCAGCUCUGAAAAAUAGCUAUAUAGUUGCAACUUUGCAUUCCAGGAAAUUCUCAUCAGGAGAAGAGGGGAAUGGAGAAAAGAAGCUGAUAGGAAUGGCUCGUGCAACAUCAGAUCAUGCUUUCAAUGCAACAAUUUGGGAUGUUCUUGUUGAUCCUUCAUAUCAGGGACAAGGACUUGGAAAAGUUCUUAUUGAGAAACUGAUAAAGACCCUUCUCCAAAGGGACAUUGGAAAUAUUUCACUGUUUGCAGAUAGUAAAGUUGUGGAAUUCUAUAGGAAUCUAGGUUUUGAACCUGAUCCAGAGGGUAUUAAGGGAAUGUUUUGGUACCCUAUGUAGUAGGCAUGUAUUUUUGGACCAUCAGUUUUGGCCUCUUGCUCUGUACAAAUUCAUCCGAGUGCAAGAUUGUGGCUGUUGGAUUCUGAAAUGACAUGUUCUUUUGAAGCUUAUGAGCUUUUUGGCCAUAUUGUGAUGUACAUUAUAAUGACAUAUUUGCUAAUAUAGCUUGAGAUUCAUGCUAUAUUCUUGUUGGAGGAUUACGGUAUGCACAAGGACUAGGUCUCUGGUAAUUUAUUAGACAUUUCUUCAGAUUGAAAUGUAUCAUUAAUUUUUUAUAAGAAUCUUGUUCUCAUUAUAA